ACAAUGUCGGACGAUUACAAAGCCGUUCGAGGUGGAACGUUGAAACUCAAGGAGAAUAAGAAGAGAGGUUGGUGGAAAAUUAUCGAUGAGGUCGAUCUUAGAGGAGGAGAACAUGUUUCUCUUGAAUGUGGAAGUGGAAGUGGUUGUUACUUAUCAGCGCUGGAUAAUGGCCGAUUCACUAUUGGGAUGCCUCAUCAGAAAGGAUCUGAGCCGAACCCUGAGGAGAUUUUCGCCGUUGUGAAAACUCCUGAUGAUCCUAAGACAAGUUUCAAAACUGGUUACGGGAAAUACAUUGGAGUUGACACAGAUGGAUCCUUGGUUGCAACAGCAGAAGCAAUUGGACAACGUGAACGUUUCCAAGUGGUUUUUGAAGAGGGAAAAAGUGCUAUCCAAGCAGUAUGCAAUCAGUUAUUUCUGUCAAUGGCUGUUAGUAAGGAUGGCUUAAUCUACGUGGUUAGUAAGCGAGCCGGUGACGAAGAAAUGGUCAAUAUAAGAACAAACGCUCAAAAAACUGGUCCAGUGGACUGGCGAGCAACUGAAGACAAGAAGUCUGCGAAGGACUGCUCUCAGGCAUAUGUCAAGAUGUAUCAGCAUUCAAAGGUGGACACAAAAUGUCGAAACAUUCCCGAGGAAGUUUUCGAUAUGAAAUCCGUGAAACGUGCACAAAGAGAGGGUGAUUUGCACGAAACACUGCUUGCAAAACGAAUCAAAACGAAGUCCGACCGAUAUUGUUAA